GUCGCUUCAAGCGAAUGAGGAAAACCAAUAUGGCGUAAUCCACUCUUGAUUAAUGUGUUGACCGGGUAACCUGUUGUGUUGUUUUCCCAUUAAGAAAAUUCAAGUUUUGUCAUCUAGUUUUCAACGACACUGCCGAAAUAUGACUCCGUUUAGAUUGUACAAGUCCAUCAGAAGUUUUUCAACGACUGUUGAUAAGAUUGCUAACCUCGUUAAGAAAAACAAAGUCGUUGUGUUUAUGAAAGGUGUUCCGGACAGUCCUAAAUGCGGCUUUAGCAAUGCCGUUGUACAGAUAUUGAGGAUGCACGAUGUCAAGUAUGACGCUCAUGACGUUCUCGAGGAUGAAUCGCUUAGACAAGGUAUCAAGGAUUUCUCUAACUGGCCUACGAUACCACAAGUAUUCAUAAAUGGUGAAUUCGUGGGGGGAUGUGAUAUCCUCUUAGAAAUGCAUAAAAACGGUGAAUUGGUAGCUGAAUUGAAGAAAGUCGGUAUCACAAGUGCACUGUCGGAAAACGAAGGUUCUCAGGAGAAGAAGAGCAAAGAUUGAGGAUGCUCGACUGUUUAGUGUGUUUGUAAGUUGUAAAUAAAACGAUCAUUCGACGAUAGUUAUUGAAUUUUGUUACAAUAAAGUUGUUUUCGUUU